UCAAGUCCCGCCGCCAUGUCGGCGCUGCCGCGGGUGUGCCGGCAGGCCUGGGAGCCCGUGCUCGCCCGGGCGCGCGGGGCCGUCGUCUUCCUGGACGCGGCGGCCGCCGAGGCGCUGCACUGGGGCGGCGGCGGCGCGGGCGAGCUGCUGGCGGCGGGGGCGCUGGCCGUUAAGCCGCUGCCCGCCGACGAGGGGGCAGCGGGGGGGGCUCCCCGCGCCGUCUUCGUGCUGAGCGGGCCGCUGCGGGGCAGCGCUGCCGCCGCCGUCCGCGCCGUGCUGGGUGCGGGCGCCGUGCGGUGCUGCGCCGUGCUGUGCGCCGGGGAGGCGGAGGGCGGCGGGCCCGGCGAGCUGGAGGAGGCGCUGCGGCGGUGGAUGGGCCCCGGCGGCCGCGCCGAGGCGGUGCUGCGGGGGCCGCCGCUGCUGGCGCCCCUCACGGCGGAGCUCGGCCUCCUGCCCGGCUUGGCAGCCCUCGUCCCGCCGCCCGGCGGCCCCCGGCACGGCGGCCCCGGGGAGCUGGGGCUGGGGGCGCUGCCCUCGGAGCUGAGGGCGGCGGUGAGGGUGCUGGUGGGGGAGCUGGACGCCCUGUUCGGCGCCAUGGGGCUGCGGGAGGAGAGCUUCGCCGUGGGGAGCCUCAGCAGGGUGCUCGCCGCCGAGCUGGCGAGCUACGCCCCGGCCAGGAACAGGAGGAGGAUGGCCACCAACAGGGCCUCCGUCGUCUUCGUGGACAGGACGUUGGACCUCGCUGGAGCAGUUGGUCAUCACGGCGACAGUCUUGCAGAGAAGAUACUUUCUGUGCUUCCCAAGCUUCCUGGCCACAAGGCGGAUGUGAUGGUUAAUAUGGUGGAACUUACCGCGCUGCAGACUCCAGACGAAGCUUGCAGUAUAAUAGCACCUGGCUGCUUAGCACAACCAAAUGAUCCAGCUGCCAAAGCUCUCUGGGAGUCCUUCAUGAACCUCAAACAAAAGGAAGCUGUGAUGGAGGCUAGGAGACACCUUGUGGAGGCUGCGAGCAGAGAAAAUUUACCUAUUAAGAUGAGCAUGGGUAGAGUCACCCCAGAACAACUGAGCUCAUACAUCCAGCUUUUCAAAAAUAAUCUCAAAGCUUUGGAGAACCAUUGUGGUCUUCUACAGCUUGUGCUGGCUACGGUCCAGACUUUGAAACACCCCCAGAUUUCCAAAUGGGACAACUUUCUAGCCUUUGAGAGAUUACUUCUGCAGAGUAUCGGAGAGUCAGAAAUGCCCAGCGUGUUGAACCAGUUAUUGACAAUGAUCAAGUCUUACAAUGAGAGGAUGCCGGAUGACUAUACCUGUGAGGACUUCCUUGUCUUGCUGGUAUACAUGUAUUCUGUCGUUGGAGAAAUCAAAGGUGGAAAAGAGCUGGACAAAGCCGAAGAAGAAGUGAAGAAGGCUCUAGCCAAGGCUAUUUGUGAUGAACCAGAGCCAUCUCCUUUGUUGCAGAAAAUUACAGGCUGUGACUCGGCACAGAACCUGACAUCCCAGAAAGCCACGGAUGCGGUGGACAACAUCUUUAAGUCCCUCAGGGAUAUUGCGAGAGCUCGAAUGCACAUGAAACAGUUUAAUUCCAUACAUAACCCAGGCAGCAACACCCACCAGGCUUCUUACAAACCACUGCUGAAACAGGUGGUGGAAGAGAUCUGUAAUCCUGAUCGACCUGAUCCUGUUGAUAUUGAGCAUAUGUCAUCAGGCCUCACUGAUCUCCUUAAAACUGGAUUCAGCAUGUUCAUGAAGGUGAAUCGCCCUCACCCUGGGGAUCAUCCUCUCCUGAUCAUCUUUAUGGUUGGUGGAGUGACAGUCUCCGAGGUCAAAAUGGUGAAGGAUCUGGUAGCCACACGCAAACCUGGUACCCAGGUACUUGUGCUCUCCACAGCACUCCUGACACCGCUCGAUGCUGUCGAGCUGUUGUUCACCACAGACCAUCCCCAGCCUGACACCGAUAUCUGACGGGGGAGGAUUUGUGGAGAAGAGGAGCGACUGCCUUGGCUGGAAGCAUCAAAUCCCUGGUCUGUCACUAUUCCCAAUAGCCUUCCAAAAAACAACAUGGCCCCUGAUGCAGUAUCUGGCUGCAAGGGAACCUGUGCAGCUCCCAGGGGGCUCUUAAAAAUAGUCCAUUUGUCCAGUGAGUAACUCCCCACUCCUUAAGGAUCACACAGUGUGGUGCUGAAUCAUCCCCCACCACUCUGCCCAGGCGAGGAUGAUUGCUUGUAAUAAUUCCCUAGAAAAGGAGCAACUGAGGCUGAAUGUGCCCUCCCUGAGCAGUACUUUUCCCUGCAGGUAAUCCUGAUGGUUUUGUGGGAGUUGCUUCUGGUGGCAAGUGCUGCUGAGGGAGGAAAAGGCCAGUAAAUCCACCUCUCUGUCAUGCCUGCCUUGCAAAAGAUGUGUGCCUUAUACAGCACAAACAGCCUCUGCUCUUAUUUUGUCCAGAGAGAGGCCAUGGAGCGCAGCCCCAGUUUAGCCAGGAGAGCAGCUCCCAGUCAGGUGAUGCUCUCCCAGCCAAACUGGUAGAAACAGAGCAAGAGAGCAGCAGAACAGAGGGAUGAGUUACACAGCUGCUUCCCUCGCAGAUUCCCAUUUCCUGCUCUAGUUUACCCACCCACAGUCCUAGGAGAAAAGACUGGUUGUGAUGGCACACUGCUCUGUAGUUUAACACAGGAGGACAUAUGGGCUGUGACGGGUUGAUGUUAACCCUGGAAGAAUCUUCCUCUCACAUUCAUUUAAAAAAUAAAUUUAAAAAAGUGUAUUCCCAUUUUCAGGAGGCCACAGGGACAGAUUCUUGAGCUGGAUUUCUGAACGGCGUGAUUAGAGAAUAGCUUUUAUUUUUCAUUUAUGAUCAUGGAAGAGCUGCUAUCAAAUUCAGUUAUGUAAUUUUUCUUCACAAAAAUUUGAUACAAACUAGGAUUAAAAAAGCAUCAGCCAGCAGAGAUGGUGAUUGUGUAUAGCACAAGGACUUCCAAGUUGCGACACAAAAUGGUGGAGCUACGAAGCCACAUCCUCUUGGUUCAUCUGAGGGACACUAAGGCUACAGCUUGCACUAAGAAUGAGAAUGUAAAAUCCUAUGUGAAGUUUCACUCUAACAUUGCAUUCUUUCUGAUGCCAAAAGAGUAGAUUAAAUAGGAAGUAGCUUUUUAACCUUUGUUCAGUAGCUAGCUUAAGUUCUCUAAAAUGUUUAUAAUAAUCUUCAGAAAAGGCUGCAUUUUGACUUAAAUUCACUUUUGAGUGACUAGAAGAAAACAAAGGACCAAUUAUAAAGCAUGGACAAUGUUGCCUCUAUGAAAGAAAUUUAUAAGAAUGGCUACAGAAUGGAACUUUGUGCUAUAAAAAAUUAGAAAUAUUGUGCAGUUGCAAUGUUAAAAGCUCAAGACAUAUUUUGAACAGAGCAACUCAAAAGCAAACAGCCUGUCUCUGUUUCUUUUCUCUUUCCUUCUAUACCAUUUAAUCUUAGAAGACAGAUGUUUUGUAAAUUAUGUAAUCAAUAAAGCAAUGCUCUUACAGUGCAUAA